AUGGCAGGCGAUUGUGGAUCGACCUGUCCGGCCUCUGAUGGCUUCUACUCAUACAAUCCGAGUGUAGGCGGCAACGCUGUGUUGCUUGUUGUCUUUGCUCUCCUUGCUCUCGCCGCCAUCUACUUUGGUAUCCGCUCCAGGACCUACCUCUUCUCCCUCGCACUCACCACCGGACUUUUUCUCGAAGUACUAGGAUUUGUCGGCCGUAUUCUGCUUCACUCGAAGCGAGAUAGUCAAGGCCAUUUCUUCCUCUUUUUAUUCGGAACAGUCUUGGGACCAUCGCUGAUUAGUGUUGCCAUCUUCAUAAUCCUUCCUCACAUCCUUGGCAUCUACGGAGAGCCGCUUUGUCCUUUUAGGCCACUCGUAGCUGGCCUCGUCUUUUGGGGACUCGCUGCAGUCACUGUGUUAUUCGAGCUUAUCGGCGUCGUCUUUACGGCACAUGAAUCUAAUGGAGUCACCCGGAAACAAGGAGCAGCGAUCACAGCUACGGGCUUGGCCAUUCAAGCGUUGUCAUUGAUAGCAUGCACUGGGCUACACUUCUGGUUCACCCUCAGCUUGAGCACUCGUCGAGGAACCCUCGACGCUCGGCACUCACAGGUCUACUCUUCUUCUCGAUUUAAGAAAUUCCUCCUAGCAAUGGAGAUGGCAUCUGCUCUCUUGAUUGUCUACUCCUUCUAUCGGCUUGUCGAGUUUGCAGAUGGUGUUUCGGGGGAUGUCUUCCAGAACGAGGCUGCUUUCAUGGUUGUCGGAGGACUUCUCCCCUUCUUAGCCGCAGCCCUCUUGACAGCCAUCCACCCAGGCAAUGCCUUUGCUGAUGCCUGGGCCCCUACAUCACCUCGAGGGAUCAAACGUCAAAGUCGACCGACCCCUGUACAAUCUCCCACCCCUAGUGGUCAUCCCGUCCACCAUUUAUAUGACCCCGACAUCCGCAAGCAGAUCUCGCCGACGUCACCAAAACACCGGAACUCAGCUGGACCACCUGAGCUUCCACAGGGAUCCGUGGGCCUGCCUGCGCAUCCGAAGCCGGUGCCAAGGCCCCCGAGUCCUCGGGACCCUAAUGCCCCGCGCAAGGGGCCACCUGCACCGCUGAAUCUGGCGGCUGGCUGGGCAGGCUGUGGAAUAUUUUGUGUUGGGUGCUCAAAGGUGCUGGAAUUUAUGGUUCUCAGGCUUAGGACAGUAAUGCCUGAUGAGCUACGGAAGCUUGUGAACGUGUUCCAAGGGUUAUUGCGGGCGCAAAAGAACUUGAUAUUGGUUGUCCUUGCGACAUGCAUGCAUGCAACGAGAACUGCCACCAACUCUAAUCUCGAGGCUGCGCAGAUCGUUCGGAAUAGCAUGGCUGUCAAAGUCAAAACCCGUGUUAUUGUUGACUGGAAUGCAGGGGUUACGGCCCACGAUGUACAAAGAUCAACGGCGCUUAGCCAGGUCCGGCCAAGAGAGACUCCCACCAACGUUUUGGCUCUCGAUGGACGACAAUGUGGCUUUAUAGACCUCUGCCCUAUACCCAAGAAUGCCCAAAACUGUCUGGAAGCGUACGCCAUGGCUCGUCAUCUCCCUCUAAAGAAUGGGAUUAUCCCCGUAGACCACGAUUCCUCUCUUCUUCAACCCACACUGCACUUCCAAAUGCUCAGGCACCUAUGUCAGAAACUGAGUGACUCUUCAUAUCAAUCAUCAAUGUCUUGCUCAUUUGCACGGAUAUCCGAUAUCAUCAAUCGCAAGCUCGGCAGAGGCCGUCCUUCCGAAUACGACGACGACGAGAAGACACGGGCUAUAUCCAUCACUACUACUAUCACCAUCACGACGACGGCGACGGACUCGAUUGGAAAUCGUCCUUUUGACGAAGGGUGUUGGAUAUCACAUACAGGAUGUGCCGAAGGAGACGUUGCUUCAAUUUUUGUCAGUAUGUACCCAAGCAUGGAAUCCUACAAGUACACUCCAGACAUUGACUAUUCAUUGCUACAGCUGUCUCCUGUCGACAAGUUAGUUUUCAUCUUGGCGGGUGGAUUUGUCAGGCUAUCAAUCCUUGCUUGUCUUCCUCGCAUCAACAGAGACACGUCAACCAACAAAACACGAGCUCAAGUCAUUAAGAUGACGUUGAUGCUUUUGCUUGGACUGUUUGCUGUUGUUUCGACAAUCACCAGGCUCAUUCUUCUGCUUACAACAAACAUGAAUGUGGACAUAACUUACAUCAGCCUUCGAUUAGCACCAUUCUUCUCCCUAGAGAUCAACUCGGGUCUUUGGUGCGGCUGUCUCCCUGCUUUCCAGCCCCUUUUCGAGUGGACCAACAACCACUACUAUAAUCAUUACAACAUGAGGAAGUUAUCUCGAAGCAGCGCCCAAGAACCCCUGAAUGAUUCUUGGAACAGAGAUUACAUGGCUGCAAACCCUCAUGUUUCAAUCCACGGGCAGCCAAGAGAUCUAAAAGGGAAUAAGACGGCAUCGGAUGCUGAAUCAGCCUCUGGAUUCGCAAUGUUGGAGAAUGAAAGAGGCAUCAAGUUGACCACUGAGUUUUCGGUGCAUAUGGAAGACAGAGUUUAUACCGGAGAAGGUUCUAUUUUUGAAAACGAAAUCUUUGGGUCAAUCCAUAACAAGUCCGAAACAUUGGGCACGACUUUGCCGUGGUCCUUUAUUUCGAGUGACUCGACUCGAGUACCUAGGUUAAGACAGAAGGUGUCGAUGAACUUGGACGUACACAAGACGUACAAUGAUCGAUGA